AUGUUGAACAGGAGACAGGAAAUACCAUCGUCUUGUCGAAGUUCCCUGUAUGUUUCAAACGAUAACGUGCCCGAAAUCCUCACACAGCACUCAAAUCUUGAACCCACCGGAAAUCAUGAGGAGUUUGAUUACCGAACCAUGGUCUCGGUUGAGGAUCAAAGGAGAUAUGGCAGACGAUUUUUCUUUUUCUUUAAAGCCUACAGAGAUGUGUCCUUUCUUUUGUAUACCCGCGCGAACGCUGAUCGUGCCCAAACCAUUCGAUGGAAUUCUUCAACUGCCGAUAUGCAGCAGUUAUUUUUCAACCCCAACCAUCCUACACGAUUCAUAAUUCACGGCUGGAUGUCAGGUGGGGGCUGGGAACCUAGUCACCAAAUUAAAAAUGAGUAUUUGAAAAUUGGUGAUUUUAACAUAAUCGUAGUGGAUUGGGGAGCUGGUGCAUCAAGUUGGCCUUAUUUUCUAUCCAGAAAGCGCGUUGCAUCGGUGGGAGAAGUUGUUGCUCGACUGAUCGAUAACCUUGUUGCCUCAUCGGGAAUAUCUUACACAGACAUCACGCUAAUAGGAUUCAGUCUUGGUGCUCAUGUAGCCGGCAAUGCUGGAAAGUAUUUGAAGGGUAAACUGGGUACUAUUAUAGCUUUGGAUCCAGCUGGACCAGAAUUUUCUUAUGGCGAUUCAGAUAUUUUGCACCAGGAUGACGCCGAAUAUGUAGAAGUUUUACACACUAGCAAGUUUGCCGGAUUCGAGGACCCAUUGGGUGAUGCAGAUUUUUAUGCCAACAUUGAUGAGCGGAAUCAACCUGGUUGUAUAUUUCUAACUUGUCCCCACAGCCGUGCUCAUGAAUAUUUCACGGAGUCGUUGAACAGUCCAAUAGGAUUUUGGGCGACGCCUCAGCAAUCCUACUUCACUGUCACCAACGAUAGAAAUCUACGGAUGGACCAGAAAGUUGCCAUGGGUGGCGAGCCUUCGAACAGAGACCGUGGAGUACGAGGUAUUUACUACUUCGAGACCAAUAGUGAGCCGCCUUACGCCAUAAAGAACGGUAUGUCCGACUCCCGUAUGGUUGAGCUGGAACCUCAACUAUGGAACAGCGUGGAUAUUUCUAUAUAUGUUAAUUAG